GAUGAUUCGAUUUGUUCAACGAAAACAAAUAUGACGCAGACGGGUUCCCUGUGUUAUUGUAUCAGCUGUUCCCUAGUAUCGCGGGCUCCUAAUCGACGCUUUAUUGCAGUGAAACAAACAACACUAGAGUUUAUACCUGUAGCUGUCUGGAGCUGAGGUUGAGAGGUUUGCAAUAAUGCUUGCAAGAUGAUGAAUUCCAUGCUCAUUUACUUAUUUUUGCUGUCCUUUGUGCUAGUGACGUUCUCAAUUAAUCCAGGUUCCAACAGCGUUCAACACAAGGAGUUGAGUAAAGAACAUACAGGCUUGAGAUGGCUGACAGAUAUCAUCACUUGGAUCCCAUGGCUACUUCGCAGUAUUCUUUCUUUCAUUUACUUGAUUAUCAAUACAGUAGUAUUAACUUUGACCUACUUUGUGGCCACAAUGUUCAGCCUUUUGCAUCAGUUCAUCAAACUCAUUGAGUUCCUUGGGUACCUUGUUCGGCUUGUUCUACAAGCUAACUACAACUUCGUGUCGUCUUUCGUUACGAGAAUGCGAUUCAUCGUUCAAAACUCAUACGUAUUCCUUAGAGAUCUGCUUGUAUCUACUGCAAGAACUUUCCUAUCGCUAAUUAAAACGGUUGUUAACUUUUUACAUCACAUAGUAUUCAACAUGCCAAAACUGUUUGAAUUUACAGAAACUGGCCUUCGAACGACAGCCAAAAUGGCAGGAUCUGUAACACAGAAGACGAAUUCAACGUUUCGUACUAUCGUAUCCGUAAUUAAAGCAGUUGUUGAAUUGUUUGGCACAUCGAUAUUGAACACUUUUAAAGUGGUAAUCGAUCUGCUGUAUACUGGUAUCCUAUCGUGUGUUCACUUUUUCCAGUUCGUUGGUAAGAAUAUCAUAUCCCUUACAUUCAGAAUAAGCCAAAGUAUGAUACAUUUGUUUCAAAGGAUAUGGGCUGCUAUUAAAACGUGUUGCUCGAUUAUUUUUGCAUAUGCGAAAUCUUCAUACUAUGGAGUAUUGCAGUUUAUUCAAGCUAUCUUUUCAAUGUUCUGUGAUGUCAUAAUGUCAAUUUUGAAGACAAUUGGAUUGUUUGUUAGACACUUUGGCAGAUUUGCAUUGAACACUUUCAUAGCUCUUGGAAGGUUYGUUAAUUACAUGGCUAGAAACAUUACAGAUAUAGGCACUCAGCUUAUCCCAAGCAUCAAAGCAAGUAAAGUAUUGGUUAUAAGCAUGUCAUGCAUGCUUCUAAUUGUUAUUUCCAUUACAAUGGUUUUAAAAAUCAAUAUAUUUAUUCUUGUCUUUGGCUUCUUGGAAUCCUUAAUCCAGUAUGUGUCACUAUUAAUGAUAAGAUCAGUGAAUAAUCAACAAACAGUCAUUGACAAUAGCAGACAAAGCUCUAAUUUCACACCUGGAAAUGAAGAACGUUUGCAACGUCAACUGGAACUUGAAAGAGACAAGACUUUGUGUGUUGUUUGUCAAGAUGAAGUGAAAAAGAUUCUCUUGUUACCAUGUCGACACAUGUGCAUAUGUGUCAUGUGUGCUAAUCAUAUUACGAGUAUUGUUAACUGGAAUAGAAGAGUCUGUCCUCUAUGUCGUACUCGAAUUGGAUCUAUGGUAGAGGUGUAUUCAUAAAAUUAAACUCCAGAAGUGAAAACUAAAACUUGCAGCCUGUGAGCGCAGCAGACCUUAAAAAUGUCUUGUACUAAAAUGGCAACUUGUUUAGUAUUAAUCUAAAAGAUAAGCAAGGUUUUGUUCAAUAUUGUUGAAUUGCAUACAACUGUCACCUGUGUAAAACCAUUGGAUUGCAUGGCAA